UGUGUCUUUGUACUUAUAUUGUAAUUCUAGUCAUGGAGGUUUUUCAAACCAGAAUUCUUCACCUGAAUUUGUGCAUCGUCUUUACUCUACUAACUCAAGAAGGACUUUCCAGCUCCUUUCAUCAGCACACCAACAAAACAGCUGUUGAAGGAGAUACGGUCACAUUAAAAUGCCAUAAUUCUACGGAUAGAGACGAUAUUACAUGGAAAAAAAACAAUGUUGUGAUUUUAAGGGAAGAUUUAUUUCAAAACAGAACUAUGAAAAACUUCACGUCAGAAAGAAUGUUUAUUGAAAAAACAACAGAACUCAAAAUCAAAGAAAUACAAGCAUCUGAUGCAGGCAUCUAUUCCUGUCAAAAUACUAGAACACUAAUACAGUGGAUAUUAACAGUAACAGAAAUCAGACUGGAGUAUUCCAAACAAACAUCACUCUGCAUUAUCAGCUCAUGUACUGGAUUUAUUAUGGUCUGUUUAAUAAUCACCCUCAGCAUCUGGAUUCACAGAAAACUGAAAAACAAUGAAGAUGCAGGUCACAGAGAAACAAUGGAGGACGUUCCCCCCGCUAGAGGAAAAAUACAGACGCACAACAGUCAAUACUUUGAGAGGUACAACUCAAUGUAUGGAGAAAUAUCACACUGAAGAGUGCAAAUCCAUCCAUUCUUCGAAUCCACUUAUCAGCUGCAGGAUCACAGGAGGGCUGGAGCUUAUCCCAGCAUUUUGGGCCACCGGCAGUGUACAUCCUGAAGAGGAUGUACAUCCCAUAAUAUGCCACUCACAGACACACCCAGUAUCACAACCAAGGACAAUUUAGAAAAUCCAACUGAUUCAAAUUACUGUGUGAGACACAAGGCAAACUUCUCCAUGAAAGACCUCUACCUGUGAAACCUUCUUGCUGUGACGCAACAGCGCUAUCCACUGAGACACUGUGCUACCCAGACGUAAAGAUGUAAAAACAGUAUGAUUUGAGGCACAGCUAGGUUUAUUUUGCUUUGGAUAUUUGAUUAACAUACUGUCUAUAUAACCACAACUAAAUAUUUUUACUUUCGCAUAUAAAACUGUUUGCUCACAUUUUUUUAAUGAAAUGAUUAACUUAUAUGAGUAGAAUUUUCAACUGGGAGGCUUUUAAUGCCCAGCAUGAUCCUAAUAUUAAUAAACCAAGGUUAAUAAUGUUUGCACAUGGAAAUGUAAACAUGUUGCAUCUAUAACAAAUUUCUAAGAUGUUCUUUGGUGUGAUUGAGAGUCUGAGUGAGUUGUCCUUGGGAUAACAGUUAACAAUAUUGAUCCAAUAUGACAACAAUAUAACAAUUUAGAAGCCUAAUAAACCCACAAAAUGUUAAUCUACAAGGCAUCUAAUUAAUCGUUAAACACAAUAAAAAUAAGUGCCGGUUCCAGAGUACUGUGAAUGGGGGGCCAGGCAGGGGCCACUUAUGCUUUUAAGGGGCACACUUA